AUGUCUGAGUUAUCGGCACAGCUUUCAGCUUUCAAAAACAAGAUCAGAAGCGGGCCUUCUGUUCCUGUUGCUAGAAGGACUGUGCCUCAGAAACCAGCACCGGCUGACAACUCAAAUUCCGUAAAGAGGGUCGCUGAUCCUUAUGAUGAAGCGGCAAAGAGGCAACGGACUACGGGACCUGCAGGUUCAAGAUGGUCUACACAACUACAUCUUGCAGUAGAAUACAUCAAGGAACAGAAUGCGCCUGUGCCCGUACCUAAACUUCAAAGCUACUUGUCAUUUGACAUUACACCGACUCUUCUACCUCUCCUUAAAGAAGUCAAUCGAAUUAAAUAUAAUCCAAACAACAAUACCUUGGAAUACACUUCGCUUCAUAAUAUAAACACUCCAGAGGCACUUCUUGAAUUCUUAAGGACCCAGCCAACUUUUAAGGGUACUCCGGUGAAAGAUUUGAAAGAUGGAUGGCCCGGAUACCUACAGGCUAUUUUGGACCUCGAGGAAGAGGGGAAAGUCAUAGUCUUACGCACGAAAAAAGAAAAUAUGCCACGGCUCGUCUGGGCAAAUUUGGGUGGAAUCAUAGGGGCCAUAGACGAAGACUUUAAAGAACGUUGGGGAAAGAUCAAGUUACCUCAUCCGGAUGAUAUGUAUCAGUCCUUGAUCGAUCAAAGUAUCAAGCCUACUGGUGCCGAUCCUCUGCUGCUCAACAAGAAACCACAGCAGCAAGAGAAGAAAAAGAAAAAGACUAGAAAGGGUAAGAUUACUAACACCCAUAUGAAGGGCAAGUUAAAGGAUUACUCUCAAAUGGUUUAG